AUGCUCCUCUCACUUCGCAAUGCUCUGGAUGAAGGCGCACCGAUCUCGCUGAGUAACCAUCGACCCUGCAGACAUCGCUCGGUUGGUGUACCGGUCAAGCAGCACAGUCUUCACCUUAAGGACUUACGCCCAAAAAGUCACUUCCAAGCCUCAAUGGAACCGCAGCCUCUCAAGUUUCCUGCUGGAGUACACAUCCGCAAAGAUGUAUACCCGACCAUCGACCCAACCCAAACCUUUGCCGCUCAGUCGUACUCUGGCAAGGUCGUCCUUGUCACUGGCGCAAGUGGUGGCUUAGGAGCCAAGACGGCGCAAUUCUACGCGCGCGCUGGUGCAUCAGUCGCCCUUGUCGCUCGUAACAAGGAGAAGAUACAAGAUGUCAUCGACGGCGUGCCGGGGGCUAAAGACCGCAUGAUCGCGCUCUCCGCGGACGUGACGGACUUUCACGCGGCUGAUGCCGCCGUCAAGCAAACAGUGGAGAAGUUCGGAAGACUUGAUAUUCUCGUUGCGAACGCUGGCGUGAUGACGUCCUAUACCAAGACCAUACUAGAGAAAGAUCCUGACGUUUACUGGAGGACGUUCGAGGUCAACGUGAAGGGAGUCUUCACAUUCAUACGAGCCGCCCUCCCCGAGUUACAGAAGGCUAACGGCCAAGUCAUCGCAGUAUCUGCAGGGCUUGCGUACAUGAAUGUUCCGAACAAUAGCGACUAUGCCAUAUCGAAACUGGCGGUUAAUCGUCUGGUCGAGUUCAUACCUCUAGAGUUUCCGUCGGUUUCUGCAAUCGCUGUUCAUCCUGGCGUGGUCAAGACGAACAUGACGACCACGGUGGAGCUUCCUGACUCGCUCCCUGCCGCCAAAGAGCCCUAUGACACGCCCGAGCUGCCCGCGGCGACCAUCCUCUACCUCACUCUCGGCCAAGGAGUUGAGUGGUUGAACGGAAGGUACUACUCUGCUAAUUGGGAUAUCGGCGACGUGGAGAAGCUGUGGAAGGAAAAGAUUGUCGCCGGGAAUGCUCUUGUGACUCAGCUCGCUGUACCGAUGUAA